UUUAAACGGAUGCAUAUUCGGAUCGGAUUUUAAACGGAUCGGAUAUACAAUUACCAAAUCCGUAUUCGUUUAGUAAUCGGAUACGGAUAAUAUCCGUUUCAAAUGGAUGCAGAUAUUUCCUCUUUAAACGGAUUCAGAUGCGGAUGGUAAUCGGAUUUUCGGGUAUCCGUUGGCAGCCCUAUGUAGACAUACCUUUAUGUCGACAUUCAUUCAUUUUUUAAUGUAUCAAGUAAGUCAUAACAGACAGUUAUUAUGGCAUGGAGGGAGUAUCUCUUUCAUUUGUGGUGUGGAUGGAACUGGCGUGCUAACAUCAAAAGAAUCAAUUAGGUGGCAAAGCGAAGGAAACGACUGUUGAACUACAUGUUAUUCCUUAGAGUGACGCCAACACUGCCUAACACAUUUAUUAAUGUUGCUUCUCCAAUUGUUGAUGUGCCUUACCACAUUUUCUUUCUGGCGACAUUCAUUGGUCUUAUUCCUGCGGCUUAUGUUACUGUCCGGGCAGGAAUUGCUCUUAGCGAGUUGCGAUCAUUGGGGGACUUGUAUGACUUCAACUCCAUAGCCACACUGUUUCUCAUAGGAGCGCUUCGCUGAACAAUUGCGAGGGCAGUUUCGUCUCUGUACAUAUCGACCGCUGUUGAAGAGUUGUAAUGGCUCAUUUCGCUUUAGAAGUUGGGG